AUGUGUGUCGAAACUGAAUCUGUUACUGGCGUCUCGGAGCAGGACAUUAACAUAAACUCUGCAUCAUGGGACGGACUGACGGGUCGAAUCCUCUUCAACAAAACCAACGGCUUGAGAACGGACUUCGACCUGGACGUGAUCAGUCUUAAAGAGAACGGACUCGAGAAGAUCGGGACGUGGGAUCCUCCGCGGGGACUCAACAUGAGCGAGAAUCACAAAAGCAAAAUCACCAACGUCACAGACUCACUGUCCAACAAAUCACUGCGUGUGUCUACAAUACUGGAGGAGCCGUACGUCAUGUUUAAGAAGUCGGAUAAACCUCUGUACGGGAACGAGCGCUUCGAGGGAUUCUGUGUGGAUCUGCUGCGGGAGCUUUCGGGAAUCCUGGGCUUCCGUUACGAGAUCCGGUUAGUGGAGGACGGCAGAUACGGAGCGUUCGAGGAGAGCACGGGGCAGUGGAGCGGCAUGGUGCGCGAGCUCAUGGACCACAAAGCAGACCUGGCCGUGGCUCCGCUGACCAUCACAUACGUGCGAGAGAAGGUGAUUGACUUCUCCAAACCCUUCAUGACCCUGGGCAUCAGCAUCCUGUACCGAAAACCCAACGGCACCAACCCCGGCGUCUUCUCCUUCCUCAACCCUCUGUCCCCUGACAUCUGGAUGUAUAUUCUGCUGGCUUGCUUGGGUGUCAGUUGUGUGCUGUUUGUCAUAGCCAGGUUCAGUCCGUACGAGUGGUAUAACCCUCACCCCUGUAACCCCGAGUCAGACGUGCUGGAGAAUAACUUCACGCUGCUCAACAGCUUCUGGUUCGGUGUCGGCGCUCUCAUGCGGCAGGGGUCGGAGCUGAUGCCCAAGGCUCUGUCCACUAGGAUCGUGGGAGGAAUCUGGUGGUUCUUCACCCUCAUCAUCAUCUCGUCCUACACCGCAAACCUGGCCGCCUUCCUGACGGUGGAGCGCAUGGAGUCACCCAUCGACUCGGCCGAUGAUCUGGCCAAACAAACCAAGAUCCUGUACGGCCUGGUGGAGGACGGCGCCACCAUGACCUUUUUCAAGAAAACCAAGAUCUCGACGUAUGAUAAGAUGUGGGAGUUCAUGAACAGCCGGCGUCAGUCUGUGAUCGUGAAGAGCGUGGAGGAGGGCAUCCAUCGCGUGCUGACGUCUGACUACGCCUUUCUGAUGGAGUCCACCACCAUCGAGUUCGUCACGCAGCGAAACUGUAACCUGACGCAGAUCGGCGGCCUGAUCGACUCCAAGGCGUACGGCGUGGGGACACCCAUGGGCUCUCCGUAUCGGGACAAGAUCACCAUCGCCAUCCUGCAGCUGCAGGAGGAGGGCAAGCUGCACAUGAUGAAGGAGAAGUGGUGGAGAGGGAACGGCUGUCCGGAGGAGGAGAGUAAGGAGGCCAGUGCCCUCGGCGUACAGAACAUCGGCGGCAUCUUCAUCGUCCUCGCCGCCGGCCUGGUGCUGUCCGUGUUCGUGGCCGUCGGCGAGGUGCUGUACAAAUCCAAACAGAACGCGCAGAUCGAGAAGCGCUCGUUCUGCAGCGUGAUGCUGGAGGAGCUCAGGGUGUCUCUGAAAUGCCAGCGACGGCGGAAACAGAAACCCCAGCCGCCCGCCAUCGUCAAAACAGAGGAGGUGAUUAACAUGCAUACCUUUAACGACAGGAGGCUCCCGGGGAAAGAGACCAUGGCGUGACGCCUCUCCUGUGACUCGUCCAAGUGACGGACACAAAGAUGUUUCCUGUGGAAAUCCGGAUUCGUGAGCGAUACUGAACUACAUCCCUCACAGAGUACUCCAUCACUUCUGCUCUCAUUCACGUUGCUUUUCUCUGUUUUCCCUGUGAAAAUAGGUCAAUGUUUAAAACCCAUCCGUUUUCCUCAUAUGCCGCCUUUAUUGCUGCCUUCAAGAGCAUUGUUCAGUUUCUCCAUAUUCUUCAAUAAUGAGUCAUGAACCUAACCAGCCCGCUCCACAUCAAUCACAACAUUGCCAACUCUGAUUUAAAAAUGCAUUUGUAAUUGGGAGGAAAAAUACUUUUUUUGAUGAUUGAGCUAUUCAUCCCAUCCCAUCUUCUCAAUACAAUAUAAAACAAAUUCCAUUUAUUUAUAAGAAGUUAUGUCUCGGUUUACAAUUGGAAUUUUAGUAUUGGCAUGUUAGCAACCCGUCAAAAUAAAAGUCUGGUUUAACUUGAAGACAUUGUGACAGAAAUAAAGGAAUAUUACUGUUGUGCAGAAUAAUGCACAUAUGUACUACUAUUAUUACUAUUUAUAAAUUGAUUAAAACUUUAAAAUAAGUUUUAAAAUAAUUUUUAAUAAUUUUUUUUAAUAAUAAUCAUCACACUAUUUAUUCCAUAAUUUCAUUUUGAACCUGUGUGUUAUCCCCCGCCCAAAAAAGAGUUUGUUUAACUUUCAAAUGAUUAAAAGAUAGAUUAAAUUAAUGUUUUAUGCAUUCAUUUGAUAACCAUAAAAACACAGAAUUUAUGAAAAAAAUACUUCUUGCAGGUAUUGUAAAAAUAAAUGUUAAUUAAUUUGGUUUUAUGCAUUCAAAUAAUUAGACAUGCUUAAACAGAAUUUGAUCAUAAUAAAACAGAACAUAAAAAAAUAAAAAUAAAAUUCUUAGGACCCUAAACAUUUUCUUUUUUGUUAAAAUUGAUUUUAAUUAUUGCCGUUUCAUUAUUUUAAUUAAGUAUGCUUUCUGGCUAAUACAAUUUAAUUUAACCAUUAAAAAGGAUUCCAUAAAUAUUCAAAUGGAAAAAAACAGAAUCCAGAAAUAAAAAUAACUCCGGAUUUUUUUUUUAAAUCACAGCAUAGAACGCCUCUGCCAUGUUGCCAUCAAAUAAAACUGUUGCCAUGACAACAUGCUACUCUAAACGAGAACUUGCAAUGCUUGCCCCGCCUCCGGAGCCUUCUGAUUGGUCCACUAUUUUGGAACUGACAUUAAUCAGUGCACAUUUUAACUUGACAUUUCAGACGUUUCAGUUCAUAAUGUUACUCCUGAACAUUCAAAAGUAACACACACAAAGUAUAAAAAUUAUGAAAUGUUCCCUUGACGUUCAUACAACCAAGAAGAAACAUUUUUAAAACAUUUUUAAAACUGGACGUUUUGAACAUUCAGAGAACAUUCAGAAAUAACGUUUUUAUAACUUAACGUGAACGUUAGCAAAACGUUCAUAGAACAUGUUUUUGUUAACUGAGAAAUAGCCAACCUUAUUUUUGUCAUACAAACACUAGCUAAAUCUCACAGCAAAUUCAUAUGAACUCACUCGUAUUAUUUUGUACGAUUUCUGUAACGGUUAAGUUUAGGAGCGAAGUUAGGCGUGGUCCUUCAUACAAAUUCCUACGAAUUUGCCACCUCGUAAAACACGUGUGAUUUUUUUUCAGAAAUCGUAUGAAUUCGUACGAGCGAGGUACAAAUUGCCGUGAGAUCAGGUUGGCUAAAUCUGGAAAUCGGUGUCGUUUCCAUUACAAGAAAACAAAAUGAUGUGAUCAAAGAAAUUAUGAUCAGUGCAAGCUUACAAAAUAAUUUCUUUAAUCCCAGAAAGUCAGACCGUGAUAAAAUCAUUCUUCUCUUGACAAUAAUUAUUCCAACAUAAUUUUUAAAUUGAAGGCAGCAAUAUCUCUGCAAAAAAAAAAAUCUUGUUUAUUUUUACCUUGUUUUCCAGUAUAAAUUAUAUAUAUAUAUAAAAAUCUUUAAUCAAGAUGAAUUUACAAGUAAAAUGGCUUAGGAUAUGAAUUCUUAUUUUCUGGAAAGAAAGAAAAUUCUAAAUUUAUUUAAACUCAAGUCCCAGUUAGUUUAACCCAGUAUACGUACCAAUGUUUUUUUUUAUUUUUUAAAGUAGUUAGUAAUUAAAUAGAGUGCAAGUCUAAAAGGGGCAAGUUUAUUUUUUUUAAAGAAUAGAUUAAAAGUAGAGAGUGCUAAAGUUAGAGGGUCAAAUAAAGAUGGAAGAGAUGUGUUUUAAGCUGAUUCUUGAAGAUGGCUAAGGACUCAUCUGCUCGGAUUGAGUUGUGCAGGUCAUUCUACCAGAAGGGAACAGUUAAUUUAAAAGUCCGUAAAAGUGAGUUUGUGCUUCUUUGGGAUGGCACAAUCAAGCUACGUUCACUUGCAGAACGCAAGCUUCUAGAGGCACAUAAGUCUGAAGUAACAAAUUUAGGUAAAUGGUGCAGAGCCAGUGGUAGUUUUGUAGGCAAACAUCAAUGCCUUGAAUUUUAUGCGAGCAGCUAUUGGAAGCCAGUGACAAUUGAUAAACAGAGGUGUGACGUGUAUUCUUUUUGGCUCAUUAAAAAUUAAUCUUGCUGCUGCGUUCUGAAUUAAUUGUAAAGGUUUGAUAGAAUUGGCUGGAAGACCUGCCAAGAGAGCAUUGCAAUAGUCCAGCCACAGAACAAGAGCUUGAACAAGGAGUUGUGCAGCAUGUUCCCAAAGAAAGGGCUUGAUCUUCUUGAUGUUGAAUAAAGCAAAUCUGCAGGAUCGGACAGUUUUAGCAAUGUGGUCUGAGAAAGUUAGCUGAUCAUCAAUCAUAACUCCAAGACUUCUGGCUGUUUUUGAAGGAGUUAUGGUUGAUGUGCCUAACUUGAUGGUGAAAUUGUGAUGAAACGAUGGGUUUGCUGGAAUCACAAGCAGCUCUGUCUUGGCAAGGUUAAGCUGAAGGUGAUGGUCCAUCAUCCAGGAAGAAAUGUCAGUUAGACAAGCUGAGAUGUGAAUAGCUACGGUCGGAUCAUCAGCAUGGAAUGAGAGUAGAGUUGAGUGUCAUCAGCAUAGCAGUGGUAUGAAAAGCCAUGUUUCUGAAUGACAGAACCUAAUGAUGCCAUGUAGACAGAGAAGAGAAGUGGUCCAAGAACCGAGCCCUGAGGCACCCCUGUAGCUAGAUGUUAGAUUUUUCUUACCCACUGGCAGAUAUUUUUGCUUGUUUUAACUAAUUUAUGAUAAUUUGUUUAGUAAUCAAGAGUUAAUAUAUUAACUAACUUAUUUUACUUGUCAAGUAAAUGCAUCGUGAUUAAAAAAUCUUUAGAUAUUUACACUAGAAAACGAGACAAAAUUCUUAAGAAAAUCACUUUUUUUGCAGUGUAAACUCCAUGAACUGAUGUCCGUCGGUUGUAAGCCACGCUCCGUCCUGAUCAACGACUCAAACCAAAGUUCUGUCGUUUAGAUAAACUUCAGCUUUUCUAGAAACCUUUUUACUAGCAUCCAUUCCAUCUGUCACAGGCAACUCAUUCAACAGAGAUUUAUAACAAGAGAAAAAAAGGGAAGCGCAGUUUUUGUACAGACGAUUUUUGUAGUAAAUCUUUAUAUGGGCUUGUUCUCGAUGGACAGACAUGCAUAAAUGUGUGUAAAGCAUUUAAUGCCUGCUCAACACACUUUUAUGCACGUCUGUCCAUUGAGAACAAGCAGCGUCUCCAGAAACCACCUCUACUUGAUCUGUUUCAGUGUGCUGAUGUCUGUGUUUUAUCUGAAGGCAAGUUUCUGUAUAAUACUGUACUGAGCAAAUGCUAGGAUUUCUCCAGAUCGGCUUCAAUCUACAGAGACCUUUGGAAAAAAACAUGGGUGGAGAACUGUUCAAGCUCAUCUUGUAAUAAAAAAAGAUUAUACUGUG